CUCUUUUUCAUACCUCUUCCUUCUCAUCUUAUAUAUUCUCAUCUCAUCUCCUGUUAUCAGCCAGAAACACUCUAUCUCCUGUCUUUCUGCCCCCAAGGGAAACAUGUAGUGACUCACUCUUUCCUACGUCGUGGAGGAACUGAAACGUCUGUUCGCCCUUUCACAUUCAUUUCAUAAAACCCUCAUGUGUCGCACUUUUUUUCUCGUUGGCCCUCCUCUCAGCGAAGGUCAGACUGUUAGGAGUUAGGAGGAGCAACGCUGCAGCCGACAUCAGAGGAAGUUUCCUGUUUCUGUGCUUGGAUCUAUGCUGCAGCUCCCCGGGACAAUAACGACGCCUUCUUCGGUCGCGUCUCUCACUGGUGCAGAAAUAUCUCUGCUGCAACUGUAUCUGUAAAAGCACAGAGUAAAUAUUCGACAAAGGUUUCUGCUGCAGCUCCAGAGAUGGAAAAAUGUCCUGAUGACAAAGCGUGGGACUCCCUCGUACGGCUGUGUGUAGCGAAAAACAUCGGAUCUGAGCCUAAACCUCAACCCAAACCAAGAGAGGCUCCCAUCGUCACCACUGUGGACCCACGGCUGAGCUCCACGCCGGCUCCCAUACUGGAGGCCAGUCCACUGAUGGUGCUGGGCCCGGCUCUGUGGAUCUCCGUGGUCCUGGCCAUAGUGGGCUCCGUGUUGGCUCUGGCCAUCUGGUUCGUCAUAUUCAGACAGCAGAAAAGACGCAGCUGCACGCCUGCAUCUGGAGUGGAGCUUCUUCCCACUACGGAGCCUCCGGUCAAGAUCCACCCAGAGAGGAACGGUCGGGCGGAGCCGCUACAGGAUGAAGAAGGGGCCCCGUCGCCGUGCCAACUGCACAUGGGGGCCCAAACAGGCUCAAAGAGGGAGGAGGGAUUCACUACUCGCGGAGGACCAGAGGGAGGCGGAGAUCUGCAAACAUGCAGCUUCCCACUUCCUGCCACAGAGCUGGGUGGCACAGCACUGGUUACCACUAAAACUGUGUGAGGCUCCAUGUGUGCGUCUCACUCAGUGGCAGAUCUGAACUUUAUCAGAAUCACUGACUUACAUUUUAAUAUUUCUUCAUUAGUCUUUAUUACUGGGAAAUCAUUCCCAAUAGACUAUUCAUUUUCAUUUUUAUGGUUUGUCUGUCUCUCAGCUGCUUCUGCCCGUGUAACUUUACAUAACUUUAGACGUCACAUGUUGCAGGAGUCAAAGAAAUCUGCCUGGGCCUUUGCAGCCAAGGCCUCGUCCACAUGCACCAAAACAAUCUCUUUUUUGUUUUUCCUGUUUUCCUUGGUGUCGUUUUUAGUAUUUCUCCAUAAAACUUGGAUCCUUUGCAAAACCGCAUCUACUUGUAGAAAGGCUGUAGUACAUAUCCCAGGCCUAUGCGUGGCGCUGUUUCUGCAAAAAAAAAAAAGAGGCGGAGCAUGCGCAUCAACCGUGCGCCGUAUACAGAUGUACAGUCCAGACUACAGUCUUUAAUCCUUUUUAUCUCAUCGUAGUGGUGAAACAACAGCACAUGUUGGACCUUGCCACCCAACAAGAAUCAAUAUCUGAUGAUGCAGCACCGUCACCAGUCCGUGGUCCACCACUGUUGUUGUUGUAGUUGUUGUUUUUUUUGUUAUGAGACGUCGGGACUAUAGGGUCGAGGGGUGGGACAAUCCACACAAAUGGAAAAAAGAAACCGGACAGGCUCCAUAUUCUUCUUUUUCACCCUUGGAACUGGAUUCCCAAAUGUGUAGUUCGGCCUAAACGUGCAAGACUUAUAAUCUUUCAUUUGUGUAAAUGUGGCCUAAAUCCGCAGGGGACUGAAGUUUGAAACCACUGACUGUUUAUACUACGGACAAACCCGUCGCGACGUCAACCACUGGAUUCUGAACCUCGAAAAUGAAGCCUGAUUUUUUUGACACGGGGGCCAUGGGGAUUUGCUCCCUUUUGGAGCCUCAAGUGGCCACUCGAUGAACUGCAGUUUUUUUUUUGUACUUCUGCCAGAGGCCUGUAUCACGAAGCAGGAUUACGGGUUUAUCGAGGUAGCUUCAGGGUUAACCCUUUGUUUCCGGUAUCAUGAAGCUGGAUUCAUUCUUAUCGAGGUACGUUACCAUGGUAACUUACUCUGAACGGCAAACCUGCUUCGGGUCAGGAUAACUUUCAGGAUUUAUCUGAAUCCGAUAAAAGGCUCCGCCCACCGGCCAAUCAGCUGUUCGGGAAAGAAUCACGUGCCUUUUCAUUACAGACACGAUUGCGUUACGGCGUGAACGCGUCUUCCAGAAGAUAGUCACACAAAGAAUAGUAUAUUUUAGCCAUUUGUCUGUUUAUAAGCUGUCAACACAGCUCCGAAUCAGGAUAAUUUCAUUAACGUUAACAACUUGAUGUAUUGAUAUGAUGUAACUGUGGCAUCAGAUUCCAGAUUUAUUGUAGCCCAUGUAACAUUAUGGAAUUAACAAAUCCAACUCCCCAGAUAAAAUUAUGUUUUUGUGCUUGGUUUUUAUCUGCUCCCACGUUCUUUUUACUCCAGAGGGGUUACAUCUGGGGGAAUGAGGCGAAUUGUAAUACAAGUUAAAACCCAGGACAGAAUUAGGACAAAGUUUAAAAUUAAAUAGAAAAUGGUUUAUUAUGUUUUUUUUUAUUUGUUUGUUUUUUUGUGCAGAAAAUUCUUAAAUAAAAAGUGCACGCAAACUAGUGUACAUAUUAAAUUGUACCUGCUCUGCGCUGGCACAGGACCGGCGAGUAUCGAUCCAAAAUCGAUAUCGACCUGUUAUCGGUAGUACGAUCGAUCCGCCCACCACUGUUGAUAACCGGCGUCGUGAUACAGCUUAUCCAGAUCGUCUCUGUUCUGGAUAGGUUAAGCUGGAUAACUUUGAGUAAAGCCGGAUAAGUUGAGCUUGCUUCGUGAUACAGGCCUCUGGACGUUGCUGCUUGUUUGAAACCCAUCGUUAUGACGCUGUUCCUUUAACCAAUAUCGUAUCAAGUUGAUACUCUUAGGCCUUCUCCGUGGCAUCAGCUAGCUAGCUAGCUAGCCGGUGUCCGCCACUUUCUGGUCAGCAACUAUGAGCACUAUGAGGAGAACCUGAGAAAAUUGUUAAGUUCUGGUGAGUAAAAUUAAUUGCUUUUACAUGUUUUAUGUAUAUUUUUUGCCAUUUUCUUGAGUCGACAUUGAUGCUUCUGAUGGAUUUGAUGUAUGUGGCACUUGUGCAGAGGAGUGAGUGGAGACUUUUUGAAUUGUUCUAUGUGAGCAUCUUGCUUUAGUAAUGACAUUCAUCUCACUUUAUGAGAUAAAACAUCUACGAUGCAACGUCCUGUUUUAUUGCAUAUUCGGUAUUAAGAGGUGUUUUGAAUAAGGCUGGAGGUCACUGAAGUCCUAGGUGGAAAAUGCACGGCCCGCCACUGGACUUGCUAUUAGGGUGGGGACAUAAAUCUGUUUUUGUAAUGACUACAAGUCCUCGUAAUGUGAAUCUUGGUUUAUGAUCAUGGUGAGUUUCCAGAAAAUGUGACAUAAAGAUUUAGCCUUUUUUGUCAUUGUGCAAGAGCAUAUGGUGAGAUUAAGAGUGUUUACGUGGGUGUAACACAACAGUUUCUCCUCAAAAAAACUCUUUUUAGUCAUCUUCGUACUCAGUCUGCUGCGAUUCUCUCCUUUUCUACCAUGUUUUUUUAAGGUUAAAACAUUAGAAUCAGCAGUUUUACUUCUCUGCACUGCUUUAAAAAUGAUACAGUGACAUGUCAUGAUGCCAUAGUAAUGUAAAGUGUAUAGAGUGAGUUUUCUUGUUAUUGUUGUUUAAUUUUUUAUGUAAAGACGAAACAACGAAGUCUCUUAGCUCUUGUGCCAUAUUUUACACAAUUAUUUAAUAAAAGAAAAAAAAUAUCA